AUGAAGAACCAAGAACAAGUACCAAUGACUGUUACAAAGUGUUGUCAGCAACCGUCGGAAACGGACAAUGUACAUGAUCCGACAGUGGCAACAACGACAAAUCGUCAACUCGCAAAGUAUGGCCCACGAGCGAGCUGGAGUAGUCGUAUCGUUUAUCUUCUAUCGAUUAUCGGUUUUGUGGUUGACCUAGGAAACGUUUGGCGCUUUCCAACAACAUGCUAUCGCAAUGGUGGUGGUGCUUUCCUUAUACCUUAUUUUACCUUCUUAUUUCUUGUUGGUCUUCCUUGUAUGUAUAUGGAACUAGCAAUUGGCCAGUAUCAUCGUCUUGGGUAUAUAACUAUCUGGGACAAAGUUUUUCCUCCAUUAAAAGGAAUCGGCUAUUCGAUGCUAAUCAUCAAUAUAUAUGUUCAAUCCUAUUAUAAUACAAUUAUCGCUUGGUCAGUUCAUUAUUGUUUAGCGUCGUUUCGUUUUAUUGUUCCAUGGACAUUUUGUCACAAUGAAUGGAACACGGAUUUGUGCUAUUCUUUACACGACAAACGAUUAUUAAAUCGAACUCAUAAUGCUUCACAUUCGUCAACGGAUGAAUAUUUCGAAAGACGUAUGUUAAAAUCUCAUUUAUCGCCAGGAAUCAAUCACAUAGGUGCAUUACAAUGGGAAUUAGUUGGCUGCUCGAUAAUUGUUUUCCUUCUUAUCUAUCUUUCGAUAAUCAAAGGAGUUAAAACCGCAGGAAAAGCCAUUUGGUUUACAGCAUUAGUACCCUACGUUGUUCUAAUUAUCUUAUUAUUACGUUCAUUAACAUUAGACGGCAUACUCGAAGGUUUGAAAUAUUAUGUUGCACCAUCAUUCGAACGCCUAGGCGAAUAUUCGGUGUGGCAAGCAGCUGCUGUUCAGAUUUUCUUUAGUUUAGGACCUGGCUUUGGUGUUUUACUUAGUUAUGCUAGUUUUAGUGAUACACACGAUAAUGUCUCUGGUACAGCUUUGAUUGCUAGUUUGGUCAAUUGUUCGACAAGUUUAUUAUACGGAACAGUCGUUUUUGCUGGUCUUGGGUUUUUAUCACAUCGUUUACGCAGCGACGUGCGACAAUUUACUGAGAGUAAUAUGGGUCUGGUUUUUGUUGUUUAUCCGGAAAUUUUAACGUCGAUACGUGGUGCCCCAUUCUUUUCCAUACUUUUCUUUAUGAUGCUAAUAACACUGGGUCUCGAUAGUGUUUUUGCCGGUGCAGAAAGCAUAUAUACAGCCAUAUCGGAUGAGUUCCCUAUCUUAGCUCGUACGCCACGUUUAUCACGUGCUGGCGUUGUCAUGGUGCCAUUUUUAAUAUCGAUUCCAACAUUGACAUACGGAGGAAAGUAUGUCAUACAUUUUAUGGACUUUUUCGGUACAUCGCCAUCAAUUAUGUUUAUUGUUCUCUGUGAACUUAUCGCGACCGUAUGGCUCUAUGGAAUGGAUAAAUUUAGCAGCGAUGUAGAAACGAUGACAGGCCAUAAGCCAAGUAUUUACUGGCGUAUUACAUGCCGCUAUAUUGCACCGUUAAUCUUGUUUAUUCUUUAUGUGUGUUCAUUCAUACAAUUCGAUAGCCAAGAGUUCGCAUCGUUUGGUGGUGGAAAUACAGCAUUGAAAGUGAGUAUUGCUGGCUGGUCAUUGAGUACAAUAUCGAUGUUGCCAAUUCCGAUAUAUGCGGGUUGGUGGUAUUUAUCUCGACGUCAGACAAAUACAACAAAACGAACAACAACAACGAGCGUCGUUGCAGAAAUAAUUCCCGCUGCCGAACACGAGCCGUUUAUAUAA